AUGUGGGCCCGGUGGUUCUGCCUCCUCACCUUUUGGCCUGGGGUGGUCUGGUACCUCUACUACAAGCUCGUCGUGGAGGACGACCUGCGCGAGUACCGCGGUCUGGGCAUCGGCGGCUCUCUGGUGAUCUACCCCUUCGCGGCCGGCCUGUUCGCGGGCGUCUUCGGCGAGUUCGCGUACGGCGCCCUGGAGGGCGGCCCGGGCGAUAACCCUUACGCCAUCGCCUUCUACUCCGCGUUUGCGUGGAUCUACCUCAACCAGUGGUUCCUCUACGACAAGGUCAACAAGCUCUUCGUCGAGGCAGGCCGCCCCGCCCCGCUCGACACGUGGGGGCUCUUCGUGCCCGGCUGGAACUUCGUGACCGGCAUCCGGCAGAUUCACUUCCUCGCAGAGUACCCGGCUGCCUGCGGCGAAUCCCGAGGCCUCCCAGAUAGGCUCAGAGCAGGUGGGCUCGGAUGCAUUUCCUGGGAGGUCAAAUUCUGA